UCAAGUACUAUCAUGAUCAACUCUGGCUAUUUACAAAUGAAUCUUCACUCAAUGAAGUCAUCCGGCUGUACGACGAUUGGGCCGAACAAUAUGAUCAGAUAAUGCAAGAACCCGAAUACAAUGUACCUCGGCCGUUUGUUAGGCAUUUCGACGCUACAGUGUGUAAUCUGUUUCCAGAUGUCGACAAGAAAAGUUUUAAAAUUCUUGACGUGGCAGCUGGAACAGGCCUGUUGGGAUUGGAAUUAAACAAACUUGGAUAUCAAAAUAUUGACGCCCUUGACAUGUCACAGGAAAUGCUAAACAGAGCUAAAAACAAGAAAGUCUACACAAAACUUAUCUGCACCGCCAUUACUGAUCAGCGCAUGAACGGUAUCGAAACCGCCGAGUACGAUGCAUUGACAUGCAGCUCUGCAGUAUGCGCUGGACAAGUUCAACCCGGUGCUUUUGCCAAGAUGCUGAAUUUCGUCAAACCCGGUGGCUUAUUGUGCUUUAACAUAAGUUUCCUGGAAGAGAAGAAUUAUGAUGGAAAGUUUAAAGAAUUGGAAGAAGCUGGACAAUGGAGACUUUUAAAGAAGGAAAGGAUUCCUUUUCUAUUAGAAAAACAAUUAGAGGAGUGCUAUUUAUACAUUUAUGAAGGCCAGAGAAAAGUUCCCUCUUGAUACCCAGCGGAGCAAGUCACUGAAAUUCUUUUUUCUAAGAGUUAGCUCAAAGACCAGGACUAAGUCCUACGUUUUACCUCAACCUACUAUCCAUGUGAAUCGUCGCAAUAUUGAGCAAUCCUUGUUCUUUUAUUGCUUUAUGUUCACCUUGUUGGUAUCAUCUAGCCUGGAAAACUAUUAUCUUAAUUCUAUCUCCGGCUUGAUGACUUUUUUUUUUCAUAAGAAAUUAUUCCGAACGAUAGUUAACAAUUAUUCAUCAAAUUC